UGCACCACAGAUAGCAGAAGCAAAGCCAGAGGGAGUGAGGAGAGGAGAGGAGUCAGUCGCUCCAGGGGAAGGGAGAGAGUGAGACAGGCUGGGGGAAGGAGAACAGAAAGUGUGUGUAAAACGGAGUAAAGAAGGGGGGGGAGUAAAAAAAAAACCUACCCUUAAAGCACAUUUUAAAAACUCUGGCAACUCAAGAAAGAAACUGGCUACGUAUCUGAACAUAGAGACAAUGAAAAGCUACAGAAAAUUUUGCUGUCUCUGCCACAGUCUCAUAGGUGCUUGGAAAUGAAAGUGGAACUGCCUGUCUUUAACCGACUCUGAGAGGGUAACUGGAUUAGGGACCGGUACGCCAGUAUUUUUUUUUAGGUGUUUUUUUUUUUUUUUAACAUCUUAAAUCCUGAAAAAAAAAAUGCAAGCAGCUCCGAAUUGAAUGAAUUGAUGGGCACACUCCAACUGCUGGGCUGGAGAGACUGGACUUGGUCUUGCCACUUCUGCUUCUUUGAAAGAGGAGAGAUCUUGGGCUUCCUUUUAAUUUAGUUUUUCUCCUUCUCUCCCCCGCUCACCCUCCCUAACCUUCCCCUUUACCUCCCCCACCCCUCUAUUGCCACCCCCUUUUAAGUAAGAGGGUGAAAGGGAGCCACAACGCACACAGGAACUGACUUGGAAGGCAAGGAAGAUGGGCAUCCUCAGCGUAGACUUGCUGAUCACAUUGCAGAUUCUGCCAGUUUUCUUCUCCAACUGCCUCUUCCUGGCGCUCUAUGACUCGGUCAUUCUCCUCAAGCACGUGGUGCUGCUCUUGAGCCGCUCCAAGUCCACUCGCGGGGAGUGGAGGCGCAUGCUGACCUCAGAGGGGAUGCGCUGCAUCUGGAAGAGCUUCCUUCUGGAUGCCUACAAACAGGUGAAAUUGGGUGAAGAUGCCCCCAAUUCCAGUGUGGUGCACGUCUCCAAUCCUGAAGGAGGUGACGACAAUGAAAAUGGUGCCCAGGAGAAGAUAAUUGCUGGAGCCGAGUGCCACCUUCUUGACUUUGCCUGCCCUGAGCGCCCACUGGUGGUCAACUUCGGCUCAGCCACUUGACCUCCUUUUACUAACCAGCUGCCAGCCUUCAGCAAACUGAUAGAGGAGUUCUCAUCAGUGGCUGACUUCCUGUUGGUCUACAUUGAUGAGGCUCAUCCUUCAGAUGGUUGGGCGGUGCCUGGGGAUUCUUCUUUGUCUUUUGAGGUGAAGAAGCACAGGAACCAGGAAGACCGAUGCGCAGCUGCCCACCGGCUUCUGGAGCGUUUCUCCUUGCCGCCCCAGUGCCGAGUUGUGGCUGACCGCAUGGACAAUAAUGCCAAUGUAGCCUAUGGGGUAGCCUUUGAACGUGUGUGUAUUGUGCAGAGACAGAAAAUUGCUUAUCUGGGAGGAAAGGGUCCCUUCUUCUACAACCUCCAAGAAGUCCGGCAUUGGCUGGAGAAGAAUUUCAACAAGAGAUGAAAUCUAGAUUAACUAGUUAAAGGUAUGAUUGUAAUGGAGCGCCAUAUAUAUAUAUGAAAGGAAGUGAAGAACUGAAUCCACUAGUUCAGCUGAAUCUCAUUGCCUCCACUGAAUCUCAUUGCCUCACUGAAAGACAGGAAUUUACAUCUCAGAAGAACAUAAACCUCUAUCAUCUCAUUGCUUCUUUCAACACCCAAAAUAGCAUUUGGCUAAAUAGUAGCCCCAUCACUUCUCUUUCUAAAAGAAACUUUAAAAUUUUUCUGAUUGUAAAGAUCCCAAGAUGGAGAGGAAGAAACCCUGUUUGCGACAGCUGAUGCAUGCUUUGGGACCUGAAGAAAAGACUCACCUGAAUAACGACCAUGUUAAGGAAGAAGCUACCGUUCUCGUUAGUAUAAGGGGUAUUUAUUGCCUAGGCUUUAUUCAGCAUGGAUAGAGCUCAACUAAAAAAUUCUUAAAUAUUUAUUUACAAUGGUGCCUUGAACCCAGGCCAGGUGGUUAGGACCUUGGUGUUUAAAUGUUAGUUUCUGAUAUUCUAGUUUCUAGCCAUGUAAUGCUCUAUACCAGUCUAAACAUCCCAGAGCUCACAGGUGUUUUUGUAGAUAUCAGGAAUGAUUCCUACCUGGAGGGUUAGAAUGAUCAUCUAAAACCUGAGAGUUACUUUCAAGGCAGGUGAAGAAAAUCAAGUUGACUAGCUAGGAAAAGGAGGCAGAAGGAUUAGGAAGCAUCAUAGAGUUUCACCUUGAGAGUAAUUUUUUAUCCACAGAAACAUGAAAAUAUACACAAGACCAGAAAAAGAAGUAGCUCAACUAAAAGUAGCAUAGAGAAUAUACGUAGGGAAUCAAUGUAUUUAUCAUAGUAUACUCCUAGAUUAAGGGAGAAAGGGGAAUUGAAAGGGAAAAACACACUCUAAUAUUUGCAUUUCUGAGGUUGUUUUUUAAAAAAUAAUUACUUUUUGAAAUGUAUUUGUGGUGCGUAUAUUUUCAGUGGGUGAAUUGCACCCCACACCAUUGAGAGGUAAAACCAAUGGAUCCAGUAGUACUGAUCUGUCCCACUCCAUCUCUACAAUUGUGAUGUGGCCCUACUCAUUCUUUGUUUUAAAAUAUUUAUUGUUGAAAGUUUUGCAUAUGUCCCCUUUUCUCCCCAUUGACCCCUGCUAGCCCGGCCCCACCCCAUACCCCCUGCCUGGCCCUAUUCGUCUUGAUCUCUAUAGAAGUGUUUAAUCAAUGCUGAGCUUUUUGGCUCAAAAUAUGUAUACACAUUCAUUCUCAGAUGCUGUGGGAGGUAGGUGUCUUACCCAUUCAACUACAGCACUGUUUUUCUUUCAAAGUAGGUGAGCUAUAAUGAAUGACCAGUACAAAAAAGCAUGGUUUCUUCAGUUGCAAAAUAGAGGAAGAGAAAAUUAGUUUGAGAUAAUUCCCAUCAAAGGGAAUUUGAUGGCAAUCCUCAGUAGUAUGGAAUUUGGUAAAAUGGAAUUCCCAUUGACAUUUAAAUUUGGACUUGGAUCUUCCUUUGUUUCUAUUAGCUAAGGUCUAGUAAUCUAAGGCCAUUAUAGUACGUUAAUAUAAAGUUAUUUAUGGUAUAUACAUCUCUUUAAAAUGAAGACAUGAUAGUUUUAUCUAUAAGUAACAUAAGUAAUAGACCUACAAAUUUUCUAUCAUAAAUUUAAGGACACUAUCAAACACAGUAUAUGUUUUUAUUUAUAUGUAAAAUCAAAGGUUCUUAUGACCAUUCCAUUAAUAAUUGAAUCAUAAAAUAAAAUUAAUAUAAAAAGAUAUCUAAAGUUGAAAAUAACUUUCUGAACUAGUUUCCUGAAAUGAAAAAGAUGUGGAAACUGAGUUUGCAAAAACCAGAAAUCUAUUUUUAUUUUUAGAUUGGAGUAAUAUAGUAAUCAUAUCACUGGUCAGUUUAUUGUUUAGAUAUUAAAGGGCCAUUUUAACUGACUCUUUAUACAACAACAUUUAAGCUUCUCAGUAUUUUAAAUUCUACAAAGUACACCUACAAAGAAACAAAGCAGAUUUUGACAAUGUGACACUAACAAAUUUCUGAAAAAUCACAUUGAAAAUGGAUUAUUUCAGAGUUAAAUAGUUAAACUCUAUAACUCAAGGCUUAUCAGUGGGCCCCAUUGAUUUUUAUCUUCAAAAUGGUGUUGAGAUUUCUGUGGCACAUAAAAGAUCAGUUGGUUGCAGCACACCCACCCUGUUUCCUUAAACUUUCCCCUUUGUUCUAUAUGUACAAUAAUGGAACAGGAUGUUAGAGAAGCUGGUAGGGGGAUGAGAUUCAGUGAAGGCAGUUAGUGCUAGUUGUCUGGGGAAAGGGUGAUAAAAAAAAUCACCCAGUUGUGAUACAUUUUUAAAGAAAGAGAAAGUUGUGUGCGUGCAAUUCCUCUGGCUGAGGAUCAUCCAAUGGAGAAAUGAAGCAGUGGAAAUAGACAUACAAAGGCAUAGGCUGAAUAUCAGGGAAAAAGAUAUGUUCGAUAGAACAUAGAAGAGUCACUGGAAGAAAGACUGUUGGGGGCCAAUGGAGAAAAUGAAUUGACAAAGCUCAGGAAUCCUACGAUAUAUAGAAUGGCUUGGUGUUAUCAGAAUUAUGAUAAGUCUUUAAUUAUGUAACCUAUUUAUCUCAACAUAAACUUUUAUGAUUUCCUGUGAUGUAUCUUUUAUGAACUUAACGAGAACUCAUAGUUUGAGGUAGAGGGGAAUCGAUGCUUAGCUGACAUGCUCAGAGAAAUUAUUAGAUUGUCAAUACCCACCCCACCAAUCCUGUCUUUUAUAAAGUAUGUUCCUUUGAAAAACUGUAGUUCUUAUUUUCACAAGGCAAAACUUUUAUAUAUUUAAAAUUUUAUAUGAAAAACUUUGAGUUGUUCUUCUUAGCAACUAAGCAUCUUUUCCCCCUGUGUUUACAUGGAGCUAUCAGUUUAGCCUCUUAAACUGAAUUAGCUUGUCUGUUAUUGAAAUAGUUUCUGAGCAAUUUUAGAUAUUGUCAUAGCUUCUGGAUUCUCUCAGACAGGUAGUGUUUGAAAGACUUAUGUCUUGGAACUAUUCAAAACUUACUUUAUUUUUUUUAUUUUAUAUUUGAAAAUAUUAGUGGAAUCAACAAUGACUUUCUUAAUUGGGCAUGAAUAAAAUGCCUGCACAGUAAAGUAGACAUGUUUGAUACAGACAUUAAAAUGUAACUGACCUCCUUAGAAACAAAUUAGAACCUCUGUUCUUGCUUUGUGUAGCUAAAGUGACUGUCAUUUAACUUAUCUGACUUUUUAUAUUUAUGUUUUGUAUCUCUGGUCCUAUGUCUUCACCUUGUUUAUAGAAUGUACCCCUGAUUUUUGGUAAUAUCAACUUCUAAGUGGCAUAUUGAUUUAGUUAAAUCCUUCCACUAAUCAGAAAUGCCUAUUCUAUGACCAUGGAGAAAAGAAAAGACUGCUGCCUUUCAUUUUGCUUGAGUGUAUUUCACUAGUUGGGCUCUUGAAUAAAAAUUAGGGAAUAAGGUGAGGUCACGCAUGAGGACUGCCUGGCUACAUAAAAUACCAGAGAGGCAGGUGAAAGACAAUAUCUAGGCCUUUGAGGAAAUACUCAGAUGGAUGCAAGGUAGCCUCAGCAUGUCCUAUGGGCUAUGUCCAUAACGAGGAAUGUAUUGUUGUACAGGACUUCCCAUUCUGUAAAUCCUAAGAGGAUCAAGUUGGGCAUUUAUUUCACCUGAACUCAGACUGAUAGUUUGAAAAAUAAGCUCAAUUAGAAUCACAUGGCCAUUGCAAAGAGAAAAAUGUGAACACUGACGUCUGUCCUAUUGAAGAGUCUAUGAAAACCUUUUUACUGGCAUUUAGAGCUUUUCAGAACAUGCCCAAUGUCCAAUGUCAGAUCUCUCAACAGUUGAGAAUAGCAAUGAGCCUUUUAAUUCUAGGAGCUUUAAAAACAAACAAAAAAGAUAUUGCCAAAAAUCAGAGCUAAAGUGUUUUUUGUUAUAUUCAAACCUCCUCCUUACUUCUUCCUUUAUUUUUAAAAUAGAAGCUAAACCCAGUCUUGAUAUGCAUUUCUAGAAUGGAGCACAAGUACCAACCUCUGCUUGGUGAUCAGCACUCUCUUGAUAGUAUCCUGAGGUCCUCUAGGAAAGAAGGGGGCAGGGCCUGGGAGAGUCAGGAAGUGGUUAGGUGGGAAGACCUUGGUCUACAUAUUUGGGAAAAUUCUAAAAGAAACUUCACACCUUUGGAGGAGGCCUGAGUGACUUUAGGAUGAGCCAAAGGGCCAUUUCCUAAUGCCUUACAUUCUGGAUAGCACCAGAAGCAAGGCCUCAGUCUUAAGAGACCCAGUUUUAUUCCACAGUGAGUCUAAACCAAGAAAGCAAACAUGUACAGAUAUCCAAACAAGACUGUUCAUGCAAGUCAGGGCUUGCUGCCUGUAUUGGGCAGCAGCACCAGAGCUCCAGGGAGUUUAUUUAAUAUUUAUUGAGGAGACUUUGAAGACCUAAGCAAUGUUUAAUGAAGUCAUAAUUUUGGCUCAAAACUCCUCCUACCCCCCUAAAAACACAAACAGGUAAACACAUAAAUGAAAGAAACCCACAGAAGGUGUUGGGAAAUAAAUAAAAUUCUCUCAAGACUUCUCCAGACCAUGUCACUGGUGGGUGUGGUUUUCAUGUGUGUUAGAAUUGGAGGAUGUGGAAACAUGAGUAUCUAGUAUUAUACAACCAAAGCCAUGAUAAGAUAUUGGGUAGGGAAUGUUGGCCAGUUUUCUUUAUUUUUGCAUCACAUUAUCACCAGACUCCAUCACUAGCCCAAAUAAUCGGGCCCCCGAAGAGGGAGAUUGGGAUGUGUGGAGGCUACCAGUGUGCGAAUGAUAACUACUGACCAAAGAGUCAUCGACUCAGUUAGUGGUUGGAUGUAGUCACAUUCGUUUGCUUCUGCUCAUCUUUGUCUUCCCAGCAAGGAGAAUAUUCGGGGCAUGAUGCUAUGAGUACUGGGUAAAUGUGGUGAGAAUGCAUGUGUGUAUCUCUGCUUCUUGGUUGCAGAAACAGAAAUGCUUUGGAGACUAUCAGUAGAAAGAGUGUUAUUAUAUUGGUGCUGAGUGGUAUGUGUGCUUCUACAAUUUGUCCUUGUAUUUUAAUAAACUUUGAAUAAAAGAAUAAAGUUACUCUUUGG